GUAGAAUUACAAUGAAAUUGCGGUGCCAUCUAGGGACAGUACUUUUCAAAGACUGAUCAAUAGUUCCAUUCGGAAGCACCGUGCAAAAUACAUUGCAAAUGACACGCGUGAAGUUAAAGGAUCGGGAAACACGAGCAAAGAUUAUUCGUCGGUAGUAAUCCCCGUUAAGACGUUUGUCGAAACUCGGAUCGGUUGUGUCAAGUAGACGGAUUAUUGCUAACGACGCAGGCGAAUAUAGUUCGAAUUACAUUCCUGAGAUUUUUUUGUUCGUCUUCGAGUUGCGGGCCACGGCUGUCAAACGGGAACAGAAAACUUUAUGUAAUCGUGUACGAGUUAGGUUAGUGCACCGGAUUAUUGUUUGUAUGUAAACAAUAUCGAAAGUGACGUGUGUUCUGGCGUACGAGAGUUUCGGUCUAUUAUAUUUCUGGGCGUGUUGGAGGAAUUAGAAUAUCAAGCAGCUAUAUUGUUCCGUUAAAUGUGAAAUAUCAAGGAUCCCAUCGAGACUACAAUCAUGGAGAAGAGAGGCAGUGCUGAGCUUCUGAGCACUGAGCAAAACAACUCCAAGAAUGCCAGUUCAGACUCUAUUAAUUCGGAUAGCAAGAGCAGUUCGCUGAAUUCCAAAAUAGGUCAAGAAACGGAAAGCUGGGAAAAAGCGUCUCAAAUGAAAAGUUUUUCCUCGAGCUCUACGUCGACAGAUAAUAAUAUUGUCUCUGCUUUAGAAGCUAGACAAGAUGAUCAAGUAAAAAACUUGACCAGCGGUGAAACGGGUCCACCGCUUCUAAACGGAGAACGAGUACAAGGCAUUGCACACGAAGUGACUCACGUGUGCCCUUACUCGGGGCCAGUGAGGGGAGUCCUAAGCGUUACGAACUACAAGCUUCAUUUUCGAAGCAUAGAACGCGAGAGGCCCUACAUAGUCGAAGUGCCAUUGGGCGUUGUUAGCAGGAUCGAAAAGAUUGGAGGCGCGUCCAGCAAACGUGAAAAUUCCUACGGGAUCGAAGUAUUUUGCAAGGACAUGCGGAAUCUCAGAUUCGCCCAUAAACAAGAGAAUCAUUCCAGGAGGGACGUGUUCGAGAAGCUCCAACAGUAUUCGUUCCCUUUGUCCCACGACUUGCCCGUCUUCGCGUUCGAGUAUUCCGAAACUUUCCCUGAAAACGGCUGGAACGUUUACGAGCCCAUAGCAGAAUUGAAACGGAUGGGUGUGAACAACGACAUGUGGAAAAUAUCAAAGAUCAACGAUACGUAUACGGUGUGCGAUAGUUAUCCUGCAGUGUGGGCGGUGCCCGCAGCAGCGACAGACGAGGAUUUGCAAGCGUCAGCUGCCUUCCGGAGUAGGGGAAGACUUCCGGUGCUCUCGUGGAUUCACCCGGAGAGUCAAGCGACGAUAACCCGUUGCGCUCAGCCGUUGGUAGGCGUGGGUAAGCGUAGCCGCGAAGACGAGAGGUACGUCCAACUGAUAAUGGACGCAAACGCACAAAGUCACAAACUUCUCAUCAUGGACGCUCGACCAAUGCCCAACGCAAUGGCGAACAAAGCAAAGGGCGGCGGUUACGAGAACGAGGAUGAUUAUCAGAAUGCUGAGCUCGUGUUCCUCGACAUUCACAACAUACACGUGAUGAGGGAAAGUCUUAGGAAAUUAAAAGAAUUAUGCUUUCCGACGAUCGAGGAAGCCAGAUGGUUAUCGGGAAUAGAGUCUACUGUUUGGUUGAAGCAUAUUAAAAACGUGCUCGCUGGGGCUUUUCGGAUAGUUGAGAAAGUUGAAAAUCAUAAGACCUCGGUGCUGGUGCAUUGUUCGGAUGGUUGGGACAGGACGUCGCAGCUCACAGCCCUCGCCAUGUUAAUGUUAGAUCCGUAUUACAGAACUAUUAAAGGUUUCGAGGUUCUUAUAGAAAAAGAAUGGCUCAGUUUUGGUCACAAAUUUCAACAGAGAAUCGGCCAUGGCGACGAACACCACAGCGACGCCGACAGGUCUCCAGUAUUUUUACAAUUUAUAGACUGUGUCUGGCAGAUCAGUCGUCAGUUUCCGAACGCAUUCGAGUUCAACGAACAUUUUUUAAUUACUAUCCUCGAUCAUCUGUACUCUUGCAGAUUUGGCACAUUUUUAUUUAGCAGCGAACGUGAGAGAGUACAGGAACAAGUGAAACAAAAAACUGUCUCGUUGUGGUCGUACACCAAUAGUCAAUUAUCCCUUUAUCAAAAUCCGUUGUACUGGGCAGCCUCGCAUUGUCAACACGUUUUAAUGCCGAUCGCUAGCAUGAGGUACAUCAAACCGUGGAAAAGUCUCUACUGUAGAUGGAAUCCUAGCAUGCGACAACAGGAUCCUAUUUACCAACGAACGAGGGAACUUCUAGUCUUUAAGGACCAUCUCGAGAAGCAGCUCCAGGAAGGCCUUCGCGAACAGGCUUCCCGAGCAAAUCGACUCUUGAUAUCACCGGCACCACCUAGGAUACAUUCACCGCUCCACUUAUAGCACGGCUAAGAUUCAUUUCGUCAUUUAACGGUCUGUAGUUGUAAACGUGCUCCGUGCUUCCUCUUCCCGCUUGAGUCAGUGUACGACACCGAUCAAACUCGCAAUCGCUGUGUACGGAACGCACGUUGUUAAAACA